ACUUAAGUUGAUAGAAACAUAUACAGGAGGGCUGACAGUAGAAACUGAAACCGGGACCGUUUGUGCUGUGAGUCGGAGUUACAGCCCAUCCGCUGGAAGCUGCUGGUUGGUUCUCUGGUCAGUUUCCUGCAGUGUCUGAUUCAACUGUUACCUCUGCUUUACUAAUUCAAUGGCCAUCACUAUGGCAUCGUGGAUAUUUCAUAUGUAUGUGAUGGUGCUGUCUACCUUCAUCAGCUGCAGCCAAAGCAAGAGGGACAAAGUCCUCUACUGUUCUGCUUGUAAGGCGAUUGUGGAUGAGCUGACCUAUUCAAUCAGUCAGGUGGACCCAAAGACGACCAUUAAUGUAGGGAGCUUUAGACUCAAUCCUGAUGGGACCAUGACAGACAAAAAGGUUCCGUUUGCUCGCUCGGAAUCACACCUCAGUGAGCUCUUGGACGGGGUAUGCAACAGCAUGAGUGACUAUGCCCUCUACAUUGACCCGGACACCCACCACAAGCAGUACAGGAGAUUUGCUCCAAGAGUCAGUGGAUCUUCAGAAGACUUCCCAGACUUCAAAAACUUCAAGUUUGAUGGUCCUGAGGCAUCCAAUAAUCUGAAAUUUGCUUGUGAGACGCUGGUGGAGGAGCUGGAAGACGACAUCAUCUCUUUGCUUGGCCGGGAUGAGGGAGAUGUGCAGAAGAAGUUAUGCAAUCGAGUCUCAGAUUACUGUGAAGACGACAGUCAGCCAAAUGACGAGCUGUAGUGAUUCUGCCUUGGUCUUGGAGUGAUAAUAAGUUUGAAACUCAAAAUUAUUGUAACAAUUAACUUUUGUAAACAAAUAAAAUAAAAAGAGAACACACUA